CAGCCAGGGUGUACUAUCGUCGAUCGUACAUCAAACGAGGCGAUCCCCCAACCAUGCGUCACCUUGCGUCCCUGCAGAAGGCAUUGCCCGUGCACCCUUACUGCUGGACCCUUAGAUCGCCGCGUAGUAAUAGUAAAGAGUGAUAUUUGCCUCCCCCCUCCCGCCAAAAAACAUAAUGUAUAGCUAUGCUUUGAUCGCAUUUCUUUUACUGUUACCGUCAUCGCUAUUACGAUGCAGCAAGAAAACGAGUCCCUAAAACUACCAGACGGGCGCAAGCUCUCCUACGCCAUCUACGGCAGCCCCGUCCCCCAACGCACCAUCAUCUACCUACACGGCUACCCCUCGUCGCGCUACGAAGGCAAGCUCUGGCACUCAAGCUGCGCAACACACAACAUCAGGCUUAUUGCGCCCGACAGACCAGGCAACGGUCUCUCGACUUUCCAGCAUAACCGCCGCAUACUCGACUUCCCAGCCGACAUCCUCGCUCUCACCGAACACCUUAAAAUCCACCAGUUCUACGUGCUAGGUGUUGCGGAGGGCGCACCGUACGCGCUGGCGUGUAUAAAAGAGAUUCCAAAGGAGAGGCUGCUCAGCGCGAGUAUAGUGGGUGGGUUGUACCCCGUUAAGCUAGGUACAUCCGGUAUGAUACUGCCAUCGCGAAUCGUUCUAUGGAUAGCGCCGUGGAUGACGAGCUUUACCGCCGCGCUGUUUGAUAAUAAGAUGGGAAGACCGAGUCGGAAUGAGGAUCCCCGUGUUUUCGAAGAUGCGUUAUCGAGAGAGGUGGAGAAUUGGCAUCCGGGAGAUCAGAAAGCGAUUCGCUGCGCGAAUGUUUGGCCAACGUUUGUGGCGAUGACGAAGGAGUCUUUUCAUCAGGGGAGUGAGGGCGUGGGGUGGGAGGCGAAGCUUAAUGGGAGUGAGUGGGGAUUUGAGCUUGCGCAUGUGCAUGUUGGGGAGGGGGAGGUGCCGUUGACGCUGUGGCAUGGGAAGGAUGAUAGGAAUUCGCCGAUUGGGAUGGUGGAGCGGGCUAAGGAGCUUUUACCAGGAUGUGUGUUGCGGUUGAAGGAGGGGGAGGGUCAUUUUGGUUUCAUUUCCCGCGAUGCAGAUGAGAUCCUGGAGGACUUGGUAAGGAGGGAGGGGAAGGAAGAGAAGGAAGAGUUCAUGAUGGUAAGUGUUACACAGGUUUAUGAGUAGGUUGCGGCUCUUCUUCCCAUUCUAGAGUCUGUUCUUGUAGCUCUUUAUUGAUGAUACUCUAGAUGUGCGAUUGUGGUGAUGAGUGGUAGCCGUGGAACAGAGUCAUGAAGGGUCUGGCUCUACCAUGUCUGCCGGUAAUACCCAAAGACGAUUGCAAUCAUGCAUGAGAUACAUCAUCGUGACUGCCUUUUCUGUAUGCGGACAC